AGCCUGGGCUGUGCUCGCCGCUCCGGACAUAGCGCCGAGAAAAAUGCUGCUCUCCGUACCGUCAAGGGCAGGAAUCAACCCAUACAACGGCUAUAACAGCAGAAACAGCAAAAAGCAGACCUAUGUGUCCUCCGGCCACCAGAUGGCACCCCCCAGUCCCAACACCAACAGUAGUAGCAACAGCAGUGGCGGUGGAGGGGAACAGCUGAGCAAAACCAAUCUGUAUAUUCGUGGCCUCCAUCCGGGGACCACGGACCAAGAUCUGGUCAAGCUCUGCCAACCGUAUGGCAAAAUUGUGUCGACCAAGGCCAUCUUGGACAAAACUACCAACAAAUGUAAAGGCUAUGGCUUUGUGGAUUUCGACAGUCCAGCAGCAGCACAGAAAGCUGUUACAGCUCUGAAAUCCACUGGGGUCCAGGCUCAGAUGGCUAAGCAACAGGAGCAGGACCCCACCAACCUCUACAUCUCCAACCUGCCCGUGUCUAUGGAUGAGCAAGAGCUGGAGAGCAUGCUCAAGUCUUUUGGCCAGGUCAUUUCCACCCGCAUCCUCCGAGAUGCUAAUGGGACCAGCCGUGGCGUCGGAUUUGCCAGGAUGGAAUCCACGGAGAAGUGCGAAGCCAUAAUUCAGCAUUUCAAUGGCAAAUUCAUCAAGACUCCACCAGGAAUACCCGUACCCACAGAGCCCUUAUUAUGUAAGUUUGCAGACGGAGGUCAGAAGAAGAGGCAGAACCAGAGCAAAUAUCUCCAAAAUGGAAGACCUUGGGCUAGAGACGGAGAUACGGGAGGAAUGACGCUUGCGUAUGACCCCACAGCCUUACAAAAUGGCUUCUACUCCUCACCUUACAGUCUGGCUCCAAAUCGAAUGAUUGCUCAGACUUCCCUCUCUCCCUACAUGCAUUCUCCUGUCUCAUCCUACCAGGUACACAACCCGUCCUGGAUGCACCAUCAGUCAUACCUCAUGCAGCCAGCUGGUACAGUUAUUACCCCAACAAUGGAACAUGCCAUGUCCAUCCAGCCCACAUCCAUGAUGGGACCUCUCACCCAGCAACUAAGCCACCUGUCUCUGGGCAGCACAGGCACAUAUAUUCCGGCCAAUACAACUAUGCAGGGGACCUACAUCCCCCAGUACACCCCAGUGCCUCCUUCCAGCGUCCCAGUGGAGGAAAACGGUGGCCAGCAGCAGCAGGUUGCAAUGGAGACUCCUACAGAACACACAAACUACUCAUACCAACACACCAAGUAAAGCUAAGCUCCCGGCAGGGUGGGGCCGAAGGCGCGAAAUGAAUCCAACCGAACAGGAUUCAGCUGGAAGAGAUCUGUGCUCCAUACCAUCACCAAGCAACCCGACUUGAACAUGGAUAACAAAAGGAACACGUGUAUGCCUGUGAGUGUGUUUGUUUGUGUGCGUGCGUGUGUGCGUGUUAGUCUGUUGUUUGUUUGUUUCUGUGUUUUUUGUUUUGUUCUUUUUUGUUUUGUUUUUUAAAGAAAAAGGACAACACUUAACAUCAUCAGACUUUUCAGCUCACAUCCUCAAGAGCUGAUCAACCAAAGGUGGGAAUCUUCUUCAAGAGAAGCUUUGAUCUAUUUUGAUAACUGAAAAAAAAGGAACGUAACAAAAAAAGAAGUUUAAAAACUCUUUGGAAAAAAAAAUUAAAAGAGGAGGAAAAGACAGAGCAUUAUUUUUGUGCACGUAAUAUAGCAAAUUCUUAUUUUUAACUGAGCAUUCUGGAUGUUUCAGAGUGAUUCAAGGAAGAGUUGAAACACAAUGUGUCUUUUUGAUUUUUUUUUUUUUUGUAAAAUAUGCAAAGGUUUAUUUUUAUUUCCUGAUGUCUGUUGUUGUUUGACAUUCUAUUUGCAGCAGCGGGACGG